CACGACUCAGCCAGCAGGCUCUCGCUCUGCCAGGGUUCGGGGCUCGGGAUGGCGGCGGCGGCGGUGGACCCUUCGCCGGACUCGACUGGGGCGUUCCCCUCCAGGAUGGCCACUGCGGGGACACAACGCAAUCAGGCCCGAGCUAGCAAGCAGCUGCAGUAGCGACCAUGGCGCUCAGCGAUGCCGACGUUCAGAAGCAGAUCAAGCACAUGAUGGCCUUCAUUGAGCAGGAGGCCAAUGAGAAGGCGGAGGAGAUUGACGCCAAGGCCGAGGAGGAGUUCAACAUCGAGAAGGGCCGCCUGGUGCAAACGCAGCGUCUGAAGAUCAUGGAAUACUACGAGAAGAAGGAGAAGCAGAUCGAGCAGCAGAAGAAAAUCCAAAUGUCCAACCUGAUGAACCAGGCCCGCCUCAAGGUCCUCAAGGCCCGGGACGACAUGAUCGCGGAAAUGCUGAACGAGGCCCGUCAGCGGCUCGCCAACGUGGCGCGAGACCCGGCCAGGUACGCCGCGCUGAUCGACGGCUUGAUCCUGCAGGGUUUGUAUCAGCUGCUUGAGUCCAAAGUGACCAUCCGAUGUCGUAAGCAAGACAUCCAGAUGGUGCAGGCCUCCAUCCAAAGGAACAUACCCAUCUACAAGGCGUCCGUGAAGAAAAACCUGGAGGUCCGCAUCGACCAGGACAACUUCCUGGCUCCCGACAUCUCCGGAGGCAUCGAGCUAUACAACGGAGACGGCAAAAUCAAAGUGUCCAACACGCUGGAGAGCAGACUGGACCUCUUGGCUCAGCAGAUGAUGCCCGACGUCCGAGUGGCCCUUUUCGGCGCCAACCCCAACCGCAAGUUCAUGGAUUGAGAAGCCCCGCCCCCUUGUUUCUCUAUUCCUUUUCUAUUGUUUUGGGUCACAUUCCUGCGAAAAGGGGUGCUUUGUCGCCGUUAUUAGUAGUAGUGUGUGUGUGAUUGCGUGCGCGUAUGUAUGUAUGUAUGUGUGUUGCUGUUGCUGCAUUCCUCUGUGCAUGAAGGAAGGCCACCGACCGCCGUUACAUGAGAGCAGGGACGGCGGGGUGACCGUCAUGACGUAAGUUAGAAUGCUAAAGGACUUUAAUUUAUUCUUCCACCGUCUGGUUAUGAGCUGUUCCGUCUAAAUGAUGUGUGUGAACAUGUCACGUGCUGUAAAUGUACAAUAAGAUAAUAAACUCUAUGAAUGGUAA